CAGGUGCUGAUGGUGAUGAUGAAAGACUGAAAGCUAACAUCCUUUCGCAUGUCAUUGGAGAACAUGCUUUGGAUAUUUAUAAUAGUUUUCAAUUAAAUUAAGAUAAUCUGACUUAAGCAGCAUUGAUGACAAAAUUUGUCAAAACGUGACCUUCGAGCGGUACAAGUUCUUCACUCAUGAUCAAAAACAAAGAGUAUCUUUUGAUCAAUAUUUAGCAGAGCUCCACACAAUAAGGAAAACCUGUGAAUUUGGCACGCUAAGAGACUCGUUGGUGAGAGACAGGAUUGUCUGUGGCACAGCAGAUAAUGGACUCAGAGAAAGACUGCUGAAAGAAGCUGGACUAACACUUGAUAAAUGUGUUAGCAUGUGCACAGUCGCCAAAACCACUGGAGCACAAGUUAAAGAGCUCUGGAGAAGUGAAAUGGCAGUGCAUGAAAUACACAAAGGUAGAACGAAAAAAUGCAACGUUCACCAAACAAAAAGAUGAAAAGGAGAAUUCUAUUGAAUUUAAAUGUGGUAAAUGUGGAGUCAUGUCCAACAUUUGGAAAAUCCUGUAAUAACUGUGGAAAAAGUAACCACUAUGCAAAAUGUUGCAAAGCACAUUCAAGAAACAAAGUUCACACCGUCGAUGAGAAUGACAAAGAUGAAGAGGAAUUGUUUGUUGACACACAGAGUGACGUCAUGUUUUGUUGACAGAAGUUCAGUCUGUACAGCGUGACUGCCGCAAGUGAGAAACCGAAAGUGUUUAUUAAAAUCAGAGCGUGAUUACAACGCUUCGUCGUCUUAUUAAAAUAAUAAGAUAGACAACACACUUAAUUCCCGGGUGUUGUGCUGAAAUUAGCAUCCGAUUCUUGUCAAGUGGCAAUCGAAGUUUCUCCCUUUUUAACAUUCUAAAUUUGAUGUUGUUAUCCGUUCUAUUUAUUGCUGAAAUAUUCCCGACAUUUGAACGAAAACGCAUUCCUUGGAACCAAACGUUGUUGCAAGAAAGAUGAAGAUAUCGAGCCGUGUUUUGCAUUUCCUUCCACUGGAGCGUAUCUUUGCCCCACCACAAGCGUCGUUCCACCCACAGGCGGAGUUUGACUUUUGGGGCAGGAGGGGCACAACAUGUUGAUGACCCCGAAACACAGUGUCAGCAAUAAAAUUAACUUAGAAGAAUAUUUAUAAUAAUAAGCAGAGGCGUCGCAUCCCAUUAGGCAAACCAGGCAAUUGCCUAGGGCCCCCAGCCAGCAGGGGCCCCUAGACGGCCAACAGAUUUAGCACACGCAGCUUUGCUGCACGUUCGCAGCGACAAGUGCGACAGUGCCAGUGAAAGCCUUGUGUCUGAGUACCCUGAGGAGCCCCUUCACUCGCUCUACACCCCCCCCCCCCCUUCACGUGACUCAGAGUGAGAGUAAGCAGCGAUUUGGCUUGUUUUUUAAUUGGUGUAUAUCCAAAAUGAAGAGACGUUAUCCUUCUGGAAGCGACAAAAGAAAGAAAAAAAAAGACAGCGGUGAUUGUACUAUGUUAAUGUAGUUUUAUGUCCUAAUGUAGUAGAAGCCAGGCACUUUGAGUGUCCUAAAAAAGCGCUAUAUGAGACCGAGGCGUUAUUAUGCUUUUAUUAAAUAUGCUAUUGCUCCAAGUCCAACUGUCCCCCUUACUUGCACACGCUCGAAGGGCCCCAUGUUGCUUGUUGCCUGGGGCCCCCAGGGCAUUUUUUGUUUCCCAUCAUUCUUGAGGGGAAUUCUAAAUCAGGCUGCGUAGGCAAUACUUUUCGCUAAGAUCGUCAUUCAUUGAAUAUGGUACGGCCGCCGGUGUCGUGCCAAUGUAGUUACCCCAGUCAAAAAUGGUAUCCCCUGUGCGGAGCCAUAUGGAGUUAGAUUUGUGUCUUUAUUAUUCAAACAAAAAAAGUUGCUUCAAUCAAAAUAUAUAUGUUCAACCAAAAAAAAGUCAAUCAAAGAAAAAUGUGUUUGAACGCAAAAAUAAAUUUGAAACUAAAAAAAAAAAAAUGUGAAACCUAUUUUUCUUUGAUUUUUGAUUAUUUUUUUUUCUUUGAUUGAAGCAACUUUUAAUGUUGAUUUGUGUUUGGGCCACAUUUUGGCUAGGACAUUUUUGUCUAAAAUAAUUUUGACCCAUUAUAAAAAAUUAAAAAUAUAUUUUUUUGUUCAUUUCAUUCAUUUUUGUUGCGCUUUUAUUGCUUUACAACUUUUAUAUAUAUAUAGGAAAGUCAGUUACAUGCAUUGACACUUUUCGGCCACCGGGGGGGCCUGCCCCCCCCUUAAAAUCGGCUUAUGGUUCCACCCCUACUAAACACGCUUAUGUCUCAAAACCGAUUUCCAGAAAAACUGGACACUGGACAUCACUCAUCUGUGAUGCUACCGAAAUUUCUUGCUGGACUUGAGCUCUGAAGAAAAAGAAGAUAACAACCUGUUUGGCAACGUGACUUCAGGAGAUUUAGAAAGAGAAAGAGCUUGAGUAAAAAUUUAGGAAAUUGCAAUGACCUUGCAUAUAAUAAAAAGGACUGAUUCCCAGCACGCUUCUUGUUUUAAGCACCAUCUACUGGUCAUUUCAUAUACUGCAGCACCUGUGUAUUCCACACACUUAAGCCUAUCAAAGCUGCCAGUGUGCUGACUCAUCUACAAUAACAUGGCUAAUUCUUUUCUUUUUCACUUCUACUACUCAUCUUUCAUCUAUCUUCAAGUAAUCCAAGCUCACCCAUCCCCCCAAAAUUAUUUUUGUUGUUUUUUUCAAUCACAUUCAUUCAUCCAGAAGUUGUGCGCGCGUGCGUAUGAGUCGCGCGCUAUCAUCCCCGCGCUAAUCUCAUUAUCUGUGAACGCUUCAACUGGAUUGGGGGCGAUUUUUUGUUUCAUCUGGUGGAUUUCAAGCUUGUUUUAAGACGAUGGUUUGGGUAUAGACAAGAAACCCGGGAGGUAACGUGAGAUCUAGUCCAGCCGCGCCUUUGGGAAGGCCUAAUGGUUUCGCCCAUGGACGCGGACAACAUGGAGGACAGCAGGUCUCCAGGACUUCUCUUCAACGUCAACAACAGCAACAACAACAAAGACAAGGAUGAGAAGAAGAAAAAGAAGAAGAAAGAGAAGAAAAAGAAAGUCAAAGUGGAGGAGAAGAAAGACAAAGAGAAAGAGAAGGAGGAGGAGAUUCCACGGGAGAUCACUGCGGUGGACCCAGCGGGAAACACUUAUUACCACUGGCUCUUCAUCAUCACGGUUCCCGUCAUGUACAACUGGACUUUCAUCAUCGCCAGGGCGUGCUUCGAGGAACUUCAGAUGGACUACUUGCGCUACUGGUUUCUCUUGGACUUUCUCAGUGACUGCAUCUACGUAGCUGACAUGGUCUUCAGAACCAGGACAGGCUACUUGGAGCAGGGUCUUCUGGUAAAGGAUGAGCAGAAGCUACGUGAGCGUUACACCAAGAGUUUCCAGUUCCGACUGGAUGUUCUGUCCAUCGUCCCCACUGACAUUCUGUAUGCCAAGCUGGGUCUCAACUACCCCGAGAUCCGCCUUAACAAGCUGUUGAGGUUCAACAGGAUGCUGGAGUUCUUCCAGAGAACCGAGACCAGAACCAACUACCCAAACGCAUUACGGAUCUCCAACCUGGUUAUGUACAUUGUUAUCAUCAUCCACUGGAAUGCCUGUCUCUACUACUCAUUCUCCAAAGCCAUUGGUUUUGGCUCAGACAGGUUUGUAUAUCCCGACCCUGCAAACCCGGAAUUCGGCCGCCUGGUGCGGAAGUACGCCUACAGUAUGUACUGGUCCACGCUGACGCUCACCACCAUUGGAGAGACUCCUCCCCCUGUGGAGAACUCAGAGUAUUUCUUUGUUGUCACCGAUUUCCUGGUGGGUGUGCUGAUCUUUGCCACCAUCGUGGGUAACGUCGGGUCCAUGAUUACCAACAUGAACGCUGCACGAGCCAACUUUCAAGCUCGCAUCGACGCUAUUAAACAGUACAUGAGCUUCCGAAAGGUAACCAAAGACCUGGAGAAGCGUGUCAUUAAGUGGUUCGACUUUCUGUGGACCAACAAGAAGGCGGUAGAUGAGCGGGAAGUCCUCAAGUACCUUCCGGACAAGCUGAGAGCUGAGAUUGCCAUCAAUGUGCACCUGGACACACUCAAAAAGGUUCGUAUCUUUGCUGACUGCGAGGCGGGCCUGCUGGUGGAGCUGGUGCUGAAGCUGCAGCCGCAGGUCUACAGUCCGGGAGACUACAUCUGCAAAAAGGGGGACAUUGGACGCGAGAUGUACAUUAUUAAAGAGGGCAAGCUGGCCGUGGUGGCCGAUGACGGUGUCACGCAGUUCGUAGUCCUCAGUGACGGUAGCUACUUUGGCGAGAUCAGCAUCCUGGCAAUCAAAGGCAGCAAAGCAGGAAACAGGCGAACGGCAAACAUCCGCAGCAUCGGUUACUCCGACCUCUUCUGCCUCUCCAAAGAUGACCUGAUGGAGGCUCUAACCGAGUAUCCCGACGCCAAGGCCUUGUUAGAGGAGAAGGGGAGGCAGAUCUUAAUGAAGGACGGCCUGCUAGACCUGGAGGUGGCAGCACAGGGCCCCGACCCCAAGGAGAUUGAAGACAAAGUGGAUAGGAUGGCGAGCACGCUGGACGGCCUGCAGACACGUUACGCUCGACUGCUGGCCGAGCACGAGGCCACACACAGCAAGCUUAAACAUCGAGUCAGCAAAUUGGAGAAGAAACUGCCCUCUCAGGCAGACCAGGAGCCGCCGCCGGCCACUGGAUGAUGAGCAGGGCUAGUGUUCUUCGCAACAAGGGACACGGACAUAAUGUUAACUGGUAGACGGCUCAAAAAUCUCAAGGCACCUAGCAUAAUUACCAUGUGCACCCCUAGCUACGUAAACUCACUACCUGCCAUAAAUACACGUCUAAUCCACUUUUACAUGUGUCACUUUGAAAUUAUUUUUCAAUCAAGUGACUGUUGCUUAUUUCACUUUUCAACUUAUUGACAAACAUAACUGAAAGCACAUGAGCCUGAGCUAUGCUAGCUAGUACUGUAAGUGAUUAAAAAUAAUAAUGGGAAAACACCCGGGGGCAAUGAGGCAUGGACUGCAAAAACACUUAACAUAGUACCGUAUUGGCCCGAAUAUAAGACUGUUUUUUGCAUUGAAAUAAAACUGAAAAAGAGAGGCUCGUCUUAUAUUCGCGGUCUAGACUUUAUACUCAUUCACGACACUAGAUGGCGCCAGAUAUCAUUGAAGCGAUGUUCUGUCAUGACAGAUCUCAGCUACUCUCAAGUUUAACCAGUUUGCAUUAUUUUAUUGCAAUGUUUUUCCUUAUUCAGAUUUGUUUCAAGACUACUGUUACAGUUAGUAACUUUGAUGGUUAAUGCAGUUAUUGCAAUUUUGUUGUUUUAUCACAAUAGAUUGGUUUAUUUACAUUUCAAAAACCAGAAGCCGUUCAUUUACGAAUGUGAUUGCACUUUAGUUUACAUAUUUAAAUGUUCAGAUUUUAAGAUUUGAAUGAGGCAAAAUAACAUGCUUUUUCUCUCAAAUAUAUUGUUUUAAUCAUUUGUUUCGGAUGUACUGUAAUUAUUUUCAGUAUAAAAUCUAAUUUGGUGUUCAAAAAGUCUUUUUCAAACUUGAGUCUUAAAAAAGAGGGGGUCUUCUUAUAUUCGGGCCAAUACAGUACGUAGGGGACCGCAAUUUACAUUCCCAUGGACCACAUAUAGCCCCCAGUCCGCAAGUUUGAGACCCCGGUUUUGAAGUGAAAGUUUGGAUAAACAAGUUAUGUUGUUUUGUUUUGGCCAUAAUUAUGUUAAAAUAUUCAUAUAUUCAGCAUAUGUGUGUUGUUGUUUACUGAAAUCAAAGUCCUGCAUUCUAAUAAAAAU